AUGACAGAUCCUUCUCCUGACAUAAUCCCAGAUGUUAUGGAAUUGGAAUACCAUCGGUUCCUGUACGUUCAGUCUGAGGCGGUAGAGGAAAAUGUGUUGAUCAGUUUACCCUUAGGUUUCAUUGCCGAUACUUGGAAAAUCACUUCCAAGGGCAUGUUUGCUGGAUCGUGUGUCGGCGUUGUUCUCCUCGUCAUGGCACUUGAGUUUCUGAGGCGUCUCGGCCACGAAUAUGAUCGAUACCUUGCCGGGCAGCCAACCCUAUUUUCUCGAAAGAUCCCUACUGUUCAAAGCCCAGCUCCCAAAGAUCUUGCUUCAACAGAUCGCGACAUCACUCCCACAGCGAAUUUUGUCUCUCGACGCCGACGACUGACGCUUGCGCUGUAA